UAUUAUGAAGAGAAAUAUGUCAUUUUAGUGGCAUGGAAAUUAAAUAUGAAUUUUUAAAGUUGUGAUAUUAUCAGAAACAAAACCAAAUAGUUCGGGGGAUAAGUAAAAAUAUUCUGGGAAUAAAGUCAUAAUAAUUACAAGAAGAAAAAAAUGUAUGAACAUUGUUUCAGAAGAAAGUGGAAAUAUUUGUACAAUUAAAAAGGAAAAAGAUCAAAACAGGGGAAAAAGAGCAAAGAGUGAGGUUGAUAUAAAUAAUAAGCGUUUUAACAUGUCUACAUGUGUUGCUUUACCAAAUACCAAAGUAGCUCUAUAUGAUAGGAGCACUGUUUUUAAGGAAUCGGCUGCAAAAAUGUUUGUUACUUCCAUUUUGAAGGGGACUCGCGUCCCAUUUCAGGUUGAUAAGCCAUCAAUGUAAAAUCAUACAAAACCUCAAGACUGAUGGUGUCCAAUACUUUAGUACAGGAUGUUUACAAAAUGACUUUUCAUGAAAGCCACCAUGGAUCUUGUCCUGAACGUCGCCGACCACUACGUGUUCACGCCUUACGUGUACCCAGCGUCGUGGGCAGAGGACGGUACCCUGCGGCAGAUCCUCAGCCUACUAGUGGUGACCAACCUUGGAGCGACGGCGCUCUACCUGAGUCUGGGAGCCAUCAGCUACUACUUCAUCUUUGACCAUGACCUCAUGAAACACCCACACUUCUUAGAGAAUCAAGUUUGGCGGGAGAUCAAGUAUGCGCUGACCUCGCUUCCCUGGAUCAGCAUUCCCACCGUUGCGCUGUUCUUCGCCGAAGUCCGAGGAUACAGCAAAUUGUACGACAACGUCCACGACUCACCCUUGGGUUGGACCGGACUUUUCCUGAGUAUGAUCUCCUUCCUGUUUUUCACCGACAUGUGCAUUUAUUGGAUUCACCGCUUCCUGCAUCAUAAACUUAUUUACAAGCUUUUCCACAAACCGCACCACGUGUGGAAGAUCCCCACGCCGUUCGCCAGUCACGCCUUCCACCCGGUGGACGGCUUCAUGCAGGGGCUCCCGUACCACAUCUACCCCUUCCUCUUCCCGCUCCAAAAGGUGCUCUACUUGGUCCUGUACGUCUUCGUCAACAUAUGGACCAUCUCCAUCCACGACGGCGACUACCGGGUCCCGAACGCUAUGACGGGAGUCAUCAAUGGCUCGGCGCACCACACCGACCACCAUCUCUUCUUCGACUACAACUACGGCCAGUACUUCACGCUGUGGGACCGCCUGGGGGGCUCCUACCGCCACCCGUCGGCGCUGAUGGGGAAAGGUCCGCGUGACCUGAUCCGCAAGCUUCAAGCAGACGGGAAGUUAGCGAAGGAACUGCGAAGUGCGACGUGCAAAGAGGAGUAACGGUUGGGAAAUGUAAUUUUAUAGACGGCCCAAUUCAGAAUAGUUUGGGUUCUUCUAUUUGCCAAAUAACAGUUGGGAAAUUCCACAAGGAAAACUUGGCAUUUCCGAAUCUCACCAUAAGUGUCCAAAUAGCUCCUAUUCGGAGACGAGAAGGCGAACAUGGACACAAAAUGUGUAGCUCAAGUCUUCCAAGUCUUUGUUGUUCUUUAAGGUCGUGUUCACAUUUGGUCCUGGCUAAAAAUAACAAGAUGCAUGAUGCGCAUUUUGGUGCAUUCACACUGGCAUGAUUAAGACUGGUGAAGAACAUUUUCAUAAAACACAGUUUUAUGACCUUUUUAUGUGAUUUCAGCUUACUUCUUAAAUAAUCUUUGUUAAAUAUUUUUCUUUAAUAUUUCAACUCUAUGGUACUAAAAUGAUAUUAUUUUUCCUCAUAAAUUACAAGUGCAUUCUGGUAAAAUGUUAACUUUUUUGUUUGUUAGAAUGCUUUUUCCACCCCCAUUUUUUGUGUU